AUCACGUGUGUGUCUUUCAACCGCAAACUCUAACCUUCAAAUUUGCACUAAAAUGACCGAAAAAAAACAAUGACACCAAAAAUGUUGCACCUUUUCCUACUAAUCAGUGCAGUGACCGUAAUUUGUGAUAGUUUCAAUCCCAUUUACUUGAACCUGAGCUACAGCAAUUUCUACACAUUUUCCAUCAACAAAUCCGUUGAAUACAUCCUCGAAUUUUCAGCCCCCGAGCUAAAAUACCCCCCAAGAGUGACGAUAAACAGCAGCGAUGCCCAGAUCAAAACCCCCCUAAUGGUGGUGGCAAGACAGCCCAAAGAACUGCUAUCGUGGCAACUGCCCAUGGUGCUCGAAAGCGACACCGGCAACCACAACUUCACGAAAAUAUCGCGCACUUUGUGCCACGACAUGUACCGGGACUACGCCCCCCGAGGAAUCAGGGUCGACAGCCCCAUCGUGAGCGUGUCGACGGCGGCCCCCCAGAACGUGACCUUCACGGUGCAGGUCGACUACCAGAAGGACUUCUUCAUCAAGCCUUCAGUCAAGUACAACUUCAACAUAACCCCCAGCGAGCCGCGAUUCUACUUUUACAAUUUCACCGCAAACAUCACCGAAAGCCCCAACUCCAACUACGAGACGGUCAUUCUGGAGGUUUUCUCGGACGAUUUCGUCUGUAUGACCGUCAGUAUCCAGAAUGCGAGCUGUCCGGUGUUUGACACCAAUCAGGACAUCACGUUUCGGGGAUUUUACGAGACUGUUAACACGCAAGGGGGAAUUACCAUACCUAAAUACAAAUUUCCGUACGGCUUUUUCGCCGUGUUCGUGGCAAAACCGGACGACUCCGACUGCACCGGCAUCCCAUCCCUUUACUACGACACCAACCGCACCAAGACCAUCACCCUCAUCGUGAAGCCGAGCAUCUCGUACCAGGACUACGUCAACGCCGUCAUCGCCACCCUCUCCUCCAUCGGCAUCUUCUACUUCGUCUUCAUCGCCGGUUUCAUCUUCUGCUCGAAACGCGGCUACGUCCCGCGCCAGAUGGAGUACGUGAGCAGCGAGCCGGCGACUCCUAGCACGUGCCUCGGCGAAGAGGUCGACGAAAUCUCGCUCGAUGAGACGGAGUACGACGUCGUCUCCGAAGCCGAUCAGGAUAAGUCGAUCCGGUUGGGGAAAUCUGUGGUCUAUUUGAGCGAUCUGGCGCGGAAAGACCCACGAGUGCAUAAAUACAAGUCGUAUCUGUACUUGUAUAAUGUCCUGACCGUUGCUCUGUUCUAUGGCUUGCCGGUUAUACAGCUGGUGGUGACCUAUCAGAGGGUUUUGAACGAGACGGGACAGCAGGAUCUGUGCUACUAUAAUUUUCUGUGUGCACAUCCUUUGGGGGUUAUCAGUGAUUUUAAUCAUGUCUUCUCGAAUAGUGGGUACGUUCUCCUGGGGUUGCUGUUUCUCGGGAUUACGUACAGGAGGGAAAUUACGCACAAGGAUCUCAAUUUUGAACGGCAAUAUGGUAUUCCGCAACAUUAUGGCAUGUUCUACGCCAUGGGCGUGGCCCUGAUCAUGGAAGGCGUGCUUUCGGGGAGUUACCACGUGUGCCCCAACACAGCCAACUUCCAAUUCGAUUCUAGUUUCAUGUACGUGAUGGCCGUCCUUUGCAUGGUCAAACUCUACCAAAACCGUCAUCCGGACAUAAACGCCACAGCUUAUGCCACUUUUGGGGUGUUGGCGGUGGCGAUUCUUUUAGGGAUGAUCGGGAUUUUGGAAGGGAAUCUCUACUUCUGGAUCGUCUUCACCAUUAUUUAUUUAUUGUCCUGUUUUUAUCUCAGUAUUCAAAUCUACUACAUGGGGUGUUGGAAAUUGGACGCGGGUUUGGCGAUGAGAGUGUGGCGAAUUUGCGUUUACGAAUUUUGGUCCGGGCCUCUAAAUGUGAUCAAACCCAUUCAUAAAGCGAGAAUGUGUCUCUUGAUUAUCGCAAAUUUGUGUAAUUGGGGGAUGGCGUUUUGGGGGGUUUACAAGCACCAAAAGGAUUUUGCUCUUUUCCUAUUGGCUAUCUUCAUGGGCAACACUUUGUUGUAUUUCAGCUUCUAUAUUGUUAUGAAGAUUAUUAACAAGGAAAGAGUCAACAAAUUGUCUCUGUUCUUCCUGUCCCUGUCUGUACUAUGUGCCAUUUCUGCCAUGUAUUUUUUCCUAAACAAAAGUAUUUCCUGGUCGCGAACUCCAGCGCAAUCGCGACAGUUUAACCAAGAGUGCAAACUGUUGCGAUUUUACGACUUCCACGACAUUUGGCACUUUUUGAGCGCCAUUGGUAUGUUUUUCACAUUUAUGGUUCUUUUGACAUUGGACGAUGACUUGUCCCACACCCAUCGGAACAAAAUUGUGGUAUUUUAAAUUAUUUUGUAUAAAUAAAUACGUUAAGGUAAUAAAAAUUAAACCAGAA